AUUCAAUGUAAAAUAUUUUGACACGCUUCAACUUUCUGUUGUGUGUAUGUAUUCCAAGUCGGAUAUCCACGUGUACAAACCACAUUUGAGUCUUCGUUUGCUGAGGGUAGCACAAAUCAUCAUUAGGCUACUUCUGAAAUUACAUUCUUAGAACCUAAACUAAAGUGCCCUCGUUCGUUUACGUGCUGCGGUUUUGCGUCUCAUCAGGUAGACUGAUGCAACUUCCAUAUCCCCCUGAGACACGAAAAAAACAAGUUUGGGAUUUUUUUCACAUAACAUAAGUGUUGGAGGUAUAAAAAAAAAGUGAACAAUUAUUUUAUUAAACAUGUCCCCUGCACCAGCAUCUAUUCUGCGGGACACCCCUCCGGACGGGGGCUGGGGCUGGGCCGUGGUGUUUGGGGCCUUCAUCUCUAUCGGCUUCUCGUAUGCCUUCCCCAAAGCCCUCACUGUCUUCUUCAAAGACAUCCAGCUGAUCUUCGGUGCCUCCUACAGCCAGAUUGCAUGGAUUUCUUCCAUCAUGCUGGCAGCAAUGUAUGCCGGUGGACCUAUCAGCAGUAUUCUGGUCAAUCGCUAUGGAAGCCGGCCUGUGGUCAUAGCUGGUGGAGUGAUGUGUGGCAUUGGUAUGGUGACUGCUUCUUUUGGCAAUACCAUUACGCAUUUGUACAUAUGCGUAGGAGUCGUUGGAGGAUUUGGUCUUUCUUUUAACCUCCAGCCAUCCGUCACCAUCAUUGGGAAGUACUUCCAGGUCAAGAGGCCGUUAGCUAAUGGGCUGGCCAUGGCAGGAAGUCCAGUCUUCCUCUGUACCUUAGCACCUAUCAACCAGUUCCUGUUUAACCAAUUUGGCUGGAGGGGCAGUUUCUUCAUCCUGGGAGCUCUGCUGCUCAACUGCUGUGUUGCCGGCUCUCUCAUGAGGCCCAUUUGUCCAAAGCCAACUGGAGGCCAACUCACGCAGACAAACGGAACCCCAAAGAAACCUACCACUCACCGGUCUGAGGCCCAGGUGAAUGGACACAACACACAGUUGGAGAAAGGCUGUUUGGACAGCUUCAACAAGUUUCUGGACCUCUCACUCUUCAAACACAGGGGCUUCCUGAUCUACAUCGUAGGGAACGCGGUGAUGUUCUUUGGUUUCUUCGCCCCUGUAGUGUUCCUGGCCCCUUACGCCCUGAGCCAUGGCUUCGACGAGUAUUCCUCCGCCUUCCUCUUGUCCAUCAUGGGCUUCGUAGACAUGUUUGCCAGGCCGUUGACAGGGCUGAUGGCUAACACUAAGUGGAUCAGGCCCAGGAUACAGUACUUCUUCAGCUUUGCCAUCAUCUAUAAUGGUUUAUGCCACCUGCUGUGUCCCUUGGCCAGUGGGUAUGGGGGGCUGGCCGCCUACUCAGUGUUCUUUGGCAUAGCAUUUGGAAUGGUGUGUGCCCUGCUGUUUGAGACGCUCAUGGACCUGGUGGGGCCUCAGCGGUUCUCCAGUGCAGUGGGACUGGCCACCAUCAUAGAGUGCUGCCCCGUACUCCUGGGACCACCUAUUGGAGGAGCCUUGGUGGACACCUUUGGUGACUACAAGUACCUGUACCUCAUGUGUGGAGCGGUGAUGGUGUUCGCAGGACUCUUCCUCUUUGUUAUGAAUAUCUACAACUACAGGAUGCUGGAGCGGGAGAGGCGGCAGGAGGAGGGACAGGUAGAGGAGGGCUGUGAGAGCCAGGAGCAGGACCAGGAGCAGGGCCUGGGGCUGAGGGAGAGGGGAGAGACCUCCUCAGAGGAGCAAGGAGAGGCAGGGAAGGAGGCUAAGAAGCAACAUAUCCCCUAGGGAGACGAAUCAGAAGCGGAAGAGACUAAAUUAAGCCAUGCAUGAUACCACUGUUUACAAGUACACUCUCAUAUAUUGAUGCCAGUAUAUCAGUAUAUAGGCCUACCCAAUACUGUAUAUAGUCCACCCCCCCCCCCCACCCCCCCCCCCCCCCCCCCCCGGUAUUGAAAUUUGGUAGAUUCUCUGAAAAAUAUUAAUCCCUAGUACAGAGCUCCAGAUGCUGUUUAAAUCUCCCUUUUCCACUGAGUGCCACCUAGGUGACUCCAGCGUUGCUCCCCUAUUUUGUGGCUGCUUCUGAAGCUGAAAGCUUAAUUAACACACGCACGCACGCACGCACACACACACACACACACACACACACACACACACACACACACACACACACACACACACACAC